AUGGCGGAGGAGAGAACAACAGAGGCAUUGUGGACACCUCUUCACUCUCCAUCCCGUCUCUUCCAUGCUCUUAGUCUCGGAACCAGGUCGCUUUCUGAUUCAGUUGCUCAUAUAGUUGAGGCUUUGGUGUGGAUUCUACAGUAUAAAAGUGGAGCUGUAUUGAGUAUGGCAGCAAAUGUAGUUGUGAAGCUUUUGACCGUUAUUCCCUCUUCUAUAUUACAACAGUAUAUAUUGGAUCUUGGUGAUCCUUUGUUGUCCUUGUUGUCUUCCAAUCAAUUAGAAGUUGCUAUUUCUUGUGCUACAGCUAUGAACAUGUUUCUCUCUAAUCUGAUUGUAAAGAAGGAAAAACAAGUUUGGGAAAUGCUAAAAGAAAGAAAUACUGUUGCCUGUAUUGUUACUGAGAUUCGAAAGUUUUCUUAUGAGAUUAUGCCAAUUGAUUAUUUCCAAGGGAUUGCUUCUCUUUUGAGUACCAUAAUGUGGCGAUGGCCCCAGUCUCGGUAUGCUGUUUGGAAUGAUACUGUAUUGAUGAAAGUUUUAGACACUCUACUUGUAAAGCCUGACCUCUCGGUUAAAGUUGCAGUUGUGAAGUUGUAUUCUUCAUUAGGUUUAUGUGGUAAUGCUGCCAAGAAGCUUCUAGACAAUGGAGAAGCCCUUCUACAAACAAUGGUUCUCUGCAUGGAUAGCUCAUGUCCUCUUGCUGUCCGGGCAGAGGGAUUCAGACUAGCCCAAUGUUUAGCGACAAAUGAGCAAAGUUUCUUAAGAAUGACAAGCUUGUGUUGUGAGCCUCUUGUUAAAGCUAUUGUUUGUGGGAUGAAUAGAUGGAGCUUUGGCUUUGGGAAGAUUUUAAGUGACAAGAUGUCUUUGCUAGUCGAGGCAUGUCAUUUGGGUCUGGUUACUCGUUGGGCAGGGAAGCAUCACAUUUAUUUUUGGAACCAUGGGAUUGAAAAGGUUCUCCUUGAUCUUAUUCUGGAAGAUUUUCACGGUCGACAAUUACAACAUUUCUCAUCACUAGAAGAACAGAUAACGAUGGCGCAAGAGGGUCUUAAUAAAAAUUUUCUUCAUGUUUUGAGGCCUUACAUCUGGAAUAUUCUUGGAUGGCUUGCAACAUACUGUGAGGAAGACUUCACUCCUAAUGCGAACGGAAAUGAACUUCACAUCAAAGUCCUUAUUAUAUGUGCAUGCUUGGAAUUUGUCAAUUCAAUUAGCAUGGGGCAUCAAAUCUGCGAAAUUGAUGCCAUGCAAACCCCCAGAAGUGAAUCAGCAUCAUGGGCAGUUCUCAUGAUGGUUUAUUCUCCCUGCAAGUACAUUUCGUCGAAUGCUAGAUUUAUAUUUUCGGAAAUUCUAUUGCCAAAUGGAAAGGACUACUUGAAAAACUUGCUGCAUUCCCUAAACUAUGUAUCAUCAGUAGACUGUAGUGGAUUGUCAUAUAUACAUCAAGCAGUCGUUGACUUGUUAGGGUUGACAUGUUACUUAGGCUUGCCAGAGUAUCAAAGGCAUGUUAUUGAAGGUAAAGGAAUGAAGAUAGCAUCGGCUUUUGUGAGGUGGUACUGGAGAAAUCAUAUGCAUAUUAAGAGGCAAAGGUUUAACCCUCAUUGGGAUAAUAAGUUUUUGAAGAGGACUUGUUGCUGGGUACAUGCUGAAGAAUGGGAAGGCGAUGAUGUCCUUUUGCUCUAUGGUUUAUGGGCACUAGCUGAGUUGGUACACCUUUCGGGUUGUUUAAAAGAUAAUAGAGACAUAUAUUGUGACGAGGUAAACAGUAAGGAAGUUCCUUUGGUUAGCAUACUCCAGGAGAUCUGCAAUGACGCUUCUAGUGAUGGACCAAAAUGGUUUGCUGCAUAUAUUCUUAGUCAAUUUGGAUUUUAUGGUUUUCCAAGUAAACUGGGGAAAAGGAUGGGGAAAGCACUAAAUGAGGACGAACAUGCAGAUAUUCAAUUCAUACUAACAGAUGGGGAGACUUUGAGUGUACACAGUGUUGUUCUUGUGGUACGAUGCCCAUCAUUGCUGCCUCCUGAAGUAUUGCCUUUUGAUGAGAAAGCAUUGACUAAUGCUUCAGUGACUGAUGAUGCUGAAAAGAUCCAUGAAAAGUUUCGGAAAGAAGUUCGUUUAUCUGCUCAUGUUGACAGCCAGGCGUUGCUGAGACUGUUAGAAUAUGUUUACUUUGGUUUUCUGGAAGCAAGAGAUGAACUUGUGAAUAAGUUGAAACCUCUGGCUAAAAGUUGUAAUUUGCAAUCUCUAUUGCGACUGUUGUAUAGAAAAAGUCCUACAUGGGGAACUCCUAUCCCCAGGUCUGAUCUUGCUGCUGCUCUUGGUCCAGUUGGGCAGCGUUGUUCGGACAUCAUCCUGGAAGCUAAAGCAACUGAACUAUCAAGCUGGACAUGCAGUGUUUGCUCUCUACCAGUGCCACACAUGCAUGUUCAUAAAGUUAUACUAUGGUCAAGCUGUGAUUAUCUCCGAGCAUUAUUUGAAUCAGGGAUGCAGGAGAGCCAUUCACAAACCAUAAAGGUCCCUAUUAGUUGGGAAGCUAUGAUUAAGCUAGUGGAAUGGCUCUAUACUGAUCAGCUACCAAGUCCUCCCAAAGGGUGUUUAUGGGACAAUAUUGAUUCUGAGGAAAAACUGUACCACCUGCUGCCAUAUAUAGAGCUUUGUUGGCUUGCUGAUUUCUGGCGAUUGGAAGGAAUUCAGGAUGUAUGCUAUAGAGUGAUUGUAUCUUGUCUGGAUUCUUCCCGAGAAUUGUCGAUUAAAAUUAUCCAAAUUGCUUCUAAAUUUUCUCUAUGGAAGUUGGCUGAAGUUGCAGCGGAGCUCAUGGCCCCUUUAUAUAAUAAACUACGAGACUCUGGUGAUCUUGAACAGCUGGAUGAAUUCUUAGUUGAUAUGGUUCGUACUGCUUCUGUUCGACAUUGUCAAGAGAUAAGCUUAGAAUCUUGAAAUGAGGGGUAAUCAGGAUUUAUUGCUGAACUAAACAUAAAACUUUGAUUGGUUAAAAAAAACAUCAACUUUCAGUAUGUGAAUAACAAUUACUGCAUCAAAAGGAAUGCGAUUGAUUAACCUAGAGAAUGAUAGCAAAACACAGUUUUGUACAGCAACAUAGUGAUCAUGGAAGACGGAUACUUUAGAAGAACAAACCUAACGUUCCCGGUUUAAAAUCUGUACAGUAACCAAUAUAUUUGAUUUAUGACAUUUUUUAUGUGCAGUUGAUUGUACUCUUAUUAUUGUUCUUGCAUUUCUGAAUCUUCAUUGUUGAGUGCUUGAGCUUUCUAAUUUAUCGAUUGAUGUCUUGUUGGAGGGCUUUUUUGGUUCGUUGAGUUCACAGCAUUGCUCGUGUGGAACGUUGGCUCUGGCUAUAGUGCAGCAUUAUUUUACAAGUUUUUAUGUUUUAAUUUACAGGUUUCUUGUCAUAAAUUUACAAUUUUUAUGUUGAUGCAUUGUUAUAAACAUGUAUUAUACCACUACUUGGAAAAACGUCACAUUGUUCCAAGAUAUGAUGCA